AUGUUGGUACUCGCAGGAUCCUCGUCUCUCUCAGACUUUAAGUCCAAGAGAGUUCUCAAAGCUAUCCAGAAGCAAGUCCCAGGCGCAUCUGCAGUCGCCGCUCUCCACACACACUUUGUGUCUCCCAGGGAUGCUGCAACUCUUGCCACUCUAAAGGACACAUCUUCUGAGCAGGCAAAGAUCCUCAAGAAUCUCCUGCGUUAUGAUUCGAACCCUAUUUCCGCAGAACAUGCUAAGCAAAUCGAGAACUUUUUGUCCGGCAAUGGUCAACCCACCAAUGCUACAGUUGUCUUGGUAGUCCCACGCCCUGGCACAAUCUCUCCUUGGUCAUCAAAGGCUACCAACAUUGCCCACCUUUGCAAGCUGUAUCCUUUUGUUGAGCGUAUCGAACGUGGCGCUGCUUACCUUGUAGUCAAGGCCGAUGGCUCCAAACUCACCUCUAAUGAACUGACAGCUAUGUCUAAUGCAAUCCACGACCGCAUGACACAGUCAAUCUCCACAGAAAUCCCUGCCUACGAGUCAAUCUUCAAACACGGUUCUCCUGGACAUUUGACCGUUGUCGACCUUCUCAGUGGCCAGGCCAGCAAGGAUACAAAGGUUGCACGAGAGAAGCUUGUCAAGGCCAACAGUGAGCUCGGUCUUGCAUUGGCUAAUGACGAGAUUGAUUAUCUUAUCGAUGCAUUCGUUGGUUCUUCUUCGGGUGAUGCUCUCCGCAGAAACCCCACCGACGUCGAGCUUUUCAUGUUUGCCCAGGUCAACUCAGAGCACUGUCGUCACAAGAUCUUUGGUGCAGACUGGACUAUCGAUGGUGAACUCAAGCCCCAUUCGCUCUUUGGCAUGAUUAAGCACACCCAUCAACUCAACCCUCAAUACACACUCUCCGCUUACUCCGACAAUGCCGCUGUUCUUGAGGGAUCAAAGGCCACUCGCUUUGCUCCCUCAUCUUCUACAGGAAAUUUGUAUGAGCACUAUGAAGAGGAUGUUCACUUUAUUGCAAAGGUCGAAACACAUAACCAUCCUACUGCCGUGUCCCCUUUUCCUGGUGCUGCUACUGGUUCAGGUGGUGAGAUUCGUGAUGAAGGUGCUGUUGGCCAGGGAUCAAAGCCCAAGGCUGGUUUGGUUGGUUUCACUGUGUCCAAUUUAUUGAUCCCUGAUAAUGUUCAGCCAUGGGAAACAGACUUUGGCAAGCCUGGUCAUGUUGCCUCUGCUCUGGAUAUCAUGAUCGAAGCCCCUCUUGGCGGUGCUGCUUUCAACAACGAGUUCGGCCGCCCUGCUCUUGCUGGUUACUUCCGUACAUUUGCUGAAACUGUACCCGUCUCCGAGACUACUUCAGAAGUUCGUGGUUACCAUAAGCCUAUCAUGAUUGCCGGUGGUCUUGGUACCAUUCGUCCCGCACACGUCCUUAAGAAGGUAAUUUCUCCUGGUGCCCACCUCGUCGUGUUUGGUGGCCCCAGUAUGCUCAUUGGUCUCGGUGGUGGUGCUGCCAGUUCCAUGGCCUCGGGUCAGAGCAGCGCUGCUCUUGAUUUCGCCUCUGUCCAGCGUGACAACCCAGAAAUGGAACGCCGUGCUCAACAGGUCAUUGAUUUCUGUACCGCUUUGGGCGAUGCCAACCCUAUUGAGUCUGUCCAUGAUGUCGGUGCUGGUGGUAUCUCCAACGCUCUCCCAGAAAUCGUUCAUGACAGCGACCUUGGCGCUGAAAUCGAUCUGCGCAAGGUUCCUUGUGAUGACGCCAGUCUGUCUCCCAUGGAAAUAUGGUGCAAUGAAUCUCAGGAACGUUAUGUAGCUGCCAUUUCUCCCGAGAAAAUCAAAGUAUUCGAGGACUUCUGUGCCCGUGAGCGUUGUCCUUAUGCCAUUGUGGGAAAAGCCACUGCAGAGAAGCGUCUUGUUGUCAAGGACCCUCUCCUCAAGUCUACUCCUAUUGAUUUGCCUAUGCCUGUCUUGUUCGGAAAACCUCCAAAGAUGUCUCGCACCACUACAACCCUCAAGCCCUUCCGUCAGCCUUUUGACUCUAGUCUACGAACUUACUUGCCUGCUGCUAAAACCACAGCUGAUGCUCUCAAGGAUGCUGCCAGUCGUGUUCUCCAAUUGCCCGCCGUUGCGUCAAAAUCUUUCUUGAUCACAAUUGGUGAUCGUUCAAUCACUGCUCUUGUUGCCCGUGAUCAAUUUGUUGGUCCUUGGCAAGUUCCCGUUGCUGAUGUGGCUGUGACUAUUACUUCUCUUGGUACUGAUAUUGUCACUGGUGAGGCUAUGGCUAUGGGUGAGCGUACUCCUUUGGCUCUUCUUUCUCCUGCUGCUUCUGCUCGUAUGGCCAUCGGUGAAUCAAUUACCAACCUUGCUGCUGCUGAUAUUGCCGACAUCGGUCGUAUAAGACUUUCUGCCAACUGGAUGUGCGCUGCUGAUCAUGCUGGAGAAGGUGCUGGUCUCUACUCUGCUGUUCAGGCUAUUGGUCUUGAUCUUUGCCCUGCACUUGGCGUUGCUAUUCCCGUUGGAAAGGAUUCCAUGUCCAUGAAGAUGAAGUGGGAGAAGGACGGAAAGAACACCGAGGUUACUGCUCCUCUUUCUGUCAUCAUUACUGGCUUUGCUCCCGUCGUCAACACUCACAAGACCUUCACUCCUCAGCUUAAGAACAGUGCCCAGACUACCUUGGUUUUCAUUGAUCUCGCGAAGGGCAAACAGCGACUCGGUGGUUCUUCUAUUGCUCAGGUCUACAAACAGAUUGGUCAGGAAGCUCCUGAUGUUGAGGAUGCCGCCCUUCUCAAGAACUUCUUUACCGCUAUGCAAGCUGUUAAGGAGGGCGAUGUUAAAAAGAGCCUUGUUUUGGCUUACCAUGAUCGUUCUGAUGGUGGACUUUUCUCCACAAUCACCGAGAUGUGCUUCGCUGGUCAUGUUGGUGCCCAGGUCACUUUGGAUCCUAUUGUCAAGAACGGUGAUAUUGUUGCUGCCCUUUACAAUGAAGAACUCGGUGCUGUUGUUCAGGUUGAGGAGAGCCGUCUCGAAGAGUUCAUUGGUGUCGCUACCCGUGCUGGCUUGCCGAAGGAGGCUCUUAUCAAGAUUGGUGUUGUGACCGAACACGAUGAUAAGGAUACCAUUGCCUUCAAGUACAAUAAUGAAGCUGUAUUUGCUGAUUCUCGCAUUAACCUUUUCCGUACCUGGUCCAAGACCUCUUUCCUUAUGCAGGCUGCUCGUGAUAACGCUGGGUGUGCACAGCAAGAGUAUGAUAAUGCUCUUGAUGCCAAGGAUCCCGGACUUCACUAUGACUUGACAUUUGAUCCCACUAAGGAUGUCACUGCUCCAUUCAAGUCUAGCACCAAGCGCCCUCGUGUUGCUAUUCUUCGUGAUCAAGGUGUAAAUGGCCAGAUCGAGAUGGCCUUUGCUUUCCAUUUGGCUGGCUUCGAUGCUGUCGAUGUUCACAUGACUGAUAUCAUGGCUGGCAAGACUACAUUGCGCGACUUUGUUGGUAUUGCUGCUUGCGGCGGUUUCUCUUAUGGUGAUGUCCUCGGUGCUGGUGCCGGCUGGGCAAAGUCCAUUCUCUUGAACCCCCAUGCUCGUGCUGAGUUUACUGACUUCUUCAACCGUAACAAUACCUUUGCCCUUGGUAUCUGUAACGGCUGUCAGUUCCUCAGCAAUUUCGCAGAGUUAAUCCCUGGUGCAGAAUCUUGGCCUACUUUCCAGCGCAAUGAGAGUGAGCAGUUUGAGGGCCGUACUUCAAUGGUAGAGAUUGAAGACUCGUCUUCUAUCUUCUUCUCUGGCAUGGAAGGCUCCAAAUUCCCCAUUGCUGUCGCUCAUGGUGAAGGCCGUGCCUCUUUCAGAUCCCAGGAAGACUUUAGCAAGUUCAAGAAACAGAACCUCGCUAGCGUCCGCUUUGUUGAUAACUAUGGCAAGCCUACUCAGCGUUACCCCUACAACCCCAACGGCACUCCUGAUGCCAUUGCUGGUAUCCGUACUCCCAAUGGCCGUGUCCUUGCAAUGAUGCCUCAUCCUGAGCGUGUUGUCCUCAAGGAGAGCAACUCUUGGUAUCCUAACGAAGAGAACUGGGGACAGGUCGGACCUUGGCUUAGAAUGUUCCGCAAUGCUCGUGUAUGGGUUGGAACAAAUUUUUAAAUAUAUAUAUUGUAAACCUAUUCUUUUUAUUUUAUUUUAUUCAUUUUUAUCUACUCUCGCCAUCUCCACUGUGUAUAAACAAACUAUCAAACCAAAAAGCUAAAAAAAAAAGAUUUCUUUAUCUAUUCUCAUUUUACCCUUUUCUAUUUUUAUGUCUUUUUUAAAAUCUUAAAAAGCUCUCAUUAAAACAAUAAAAUAACAGCAACAGAAAUCUUUAUCAUGU